GACAAGAUAGGCUUACAAGAUCCUUCGCUUCACUUAUCACUACAUCAUUUGGCUCCGUCCGAUGGAAGUGAAGCGAAGAACUUGAUUUCAAAUUUCAUUGUGCUCCGUGUCGUACUGUGGGAGUCCGAGAGCCUUAUAAGCCUAGGACUCAUCCACCGAGCACCUUAGGCCUUCUUUUCAUUCGCUCUUUGUACAGCACGCGCCAUAAUGAUCAGUAAGGACUCAUUUAACAACGCAUCUACGUCCGUAGAGUUGACAUGCGUUCCCGAGGAUACUACUGGCAUUGAGCGCAUCAUGCUUGCAGCUCAAGGUGACCUCCAGCGAGUGAUGAGCACGUUCUUUGCUCGGCCCAUAUUUAUUGAGCUCGUGUAUGCCAACGGCUCGCCACGGCUGAAACCGGCCUCGCCUGAGGAUCCCCUAACGCAGUCGCGGCAGGUACAUCUCGUGUGUGCUUCACGAAUCGUCUGCACCGCUACAUCCAAAGUCACCAUCACACAUCCCGACUUCGAACGUCUAUUUCUGGACGAGAAGUUCCCCAUUGGCCAGACAUUCCGCAAAAUGCUUCGCAGCCCACAAUUUUCCCUCCUUGACGCCCAGACAAAUGUCGUUGGUGGCAAGCGGGAACUACGCAGAACGUAUACGCUUGAGACCGAUGGUUUCCUAUGUGAGAUCCUCGAAGUAUGGCCCGACAGGGACAUGUUUGUUCGUGGAGAGGCAUGGCUCAGUGAGAGCAAGCUUGAGCCCGAACAGACAUGUGUUGUGGAGAGUAAGGAUAGCAAGCCCUGGUGGCUUACUGCCUCCAAGGGCAACACUCUACCCUGGGGAUUCGAUUGCACGAAAGGUCUGGAGCGUUCGCCGUUGGUGUACUAUCACGAUAUUUGGUUUGUUUCGUUGUACUUGCUCCUUUUAUACCUCAUAUAGAUAUAGAUAACUAUCACUAACAUAGCAUUUCCUGACAUGGAUACCUGGAUUUAUACGACUGGGUUCGAUGUAUAUUACUUAGACAGCCGUAGGCAGCCCCAAGGUUGAUAUUUGGUUAUUUCCUGAAAACAUUCGGAUCGGUGCCGAUAAA